AUGGUGGCGCGUCCUACGUCGGCUUCAAGUGGCAACCCGGAGAUGAUGGGGCAGAUGGAGGAGACUAUCGCUAACCUUGAACGCGCGAAGCAACAGUCGUGGGAAGAGAAGCAACGACUCACGGAACUAUACGAACAGGAGAGACAGAACUCUCUUGCUAAUGAGAAGAAGAUCUUGGGCUUCAUGCAGACUGUUAAACAAGAGAAGAUGGACAUUAUGAAGAAGAUUAAAGUCUUACGACAGAAAAAAGUACAGCUCUCCAAGGAGAUGCGUGUGCGGAAGCAAAGUUACGUGGAGAACAAAAGUAAGUUGCAGCAAGGUGUACAAGCGUUCACGCAGAUGAAAACCGAGACUCCGCGUGAGAAACAGCACUUAAUGGAGCAGAUCGAGUCUCGCAAGUCUCUGUUAAUCACCGACCGUGACGAGCUAUCGCGUCUGAAAGAGGAGCUCAAGUUCUGUGAAGAGAAACUGGUUGAGGAAGAGGCCGAGGUGGCUGCGAAGAGCGCGUUGUUGGAAGAAGACGACAAGUUACGUAGAGCCAUUCAAGACGAUGAACGCGAGAAGAUGAAGCGGGAGCGAGCGGCGUAUUUACAGUCUGCGCUGGACGAAGAGCGUCAGCGCUUCCAACUUGAAGCUGACAACGACAAACAGCGACUAAAAGUGGCGUUAGAAGCCACUGCCGACAAGGAGAAGAAGCUGGCGGAAGAAGUCGAGAAACAACGCAAUAGAGCGCUGCAACUUCAGCAACAAAUGCAUCAAAUGCAACUGGAACAUAACGAGUGGAAAGACACGACUAAAAAAGUGGAGAUUCACUCCCGUAUUCGACACGAAAAUAUCCUGCCCCUGUUUGCCACUUUUCAAGACGCCACACGAGUUUACUUGGUAAUGAAAUAUGCUGGAGGUGGUGACCUCUACAAGAAAAUGCGUUCUAUGCCCGGACGACGGUUUCCUGAACGCCAAGCAAUGCUGUACACCGCCCAGCUUGUCAGUGCGUUGGAGGCGUGCCAUCAACAACACGUGAUCCACCGCGAUAUCAAACCUGAGAACCUUCUUCUAUCCCAGGAGGGUACAAUCCAGCUUGGCGAUUUCGGUUGGUCUUCUGCUAACGUGACGGCGGCUAAUCGCCGCGAUACUCUAUGUGGCACCUUGGAUUACCUGUCGCCUGAGAUGAUUCGGGGCGAGAAAUACGACGAAUCGGUCGACAUUUGGGCUGUCGGAAUCAUUAUGUACGAGCUGCUGGUGGGCAAGCCUCCGUUCGAAGCGCCGGUACGUGCGUCUUUCCUUUCAUGGCCCCACUUUGAAAUGCUUAUUAUUGUGGUUUGUUAAAUAGGGACAAAACGAGACCAUCGAGCUCAUUACCGAAGGCCAACUUCGUGUCCCUCCCAUGGUGUCACUGGCAGCGAAGGAUUUGAUCACGCGGAUCCUGCAGAAGCUACCGGAGAGGCGUCUCUCGCUGCAGGAGAUCAAGGCUCACCGCUGGUU